AAUUUUUUAACUAAGAAGAUUAUAAAUUGAACCCUAUGGUAAUUCAGAGCCCUUGUCCUAAAUCCCAUUGGUGCUUUGUGGUAGAGCUGGGACCAUAUUUUUUCUUGCUUAGUAGUCCUGAGAACCUAGCUCUUUCCAGUAAAUCAUGCUACCUUUCCCCUCCUUUGGCAAGUUCUGUUCAUCUUUGUAGUAUUUUUUUGUGUCUGUUCCUUUCUGCUUCCACUAUAGUCAGUGUGCUUUACACUUUCAUUACCUCUUGCCUGAUCUAAAUUUUCUCCCUGUUUUAGGCUUUCUGUUCUCCCAUUUAUGUGGUAUACAAAAACAGAGUAAUUAGACUAAAGCAUGUUGCUUAUGGUGUUAUUCCUCUUACUUAAAAACUGUCGCUUCGUUGCUUAUGAAAUAAAGUCCUUCCAGGUUUCUCAUUUACUUGUAACCUAAGACUUAAGCCAGAUAUCCUCUCUAAGAAAGGAGGGAAGAGAGAAUCCAAUAUAGAUAUUUUUGUUUGGCCUAGAUACUGCUUUUUAAACAUGUGGGCCAGAAUUUUUAAGAUCAGGAGAUUUUGUCUAAAAGUGCAGACUCUUGAAAAGUGGACACUGGCAGUAUUAAGCCUGCAUUUUGCAUGGCAAAAAUAGGCUUGUGCUGAGCAAAUGGUUGCCUCCUUUAGAUAGGGCUCACUUUUUCUGGUUCACCUUAGUUCUAUCAGUCUGUUUUAUCUUCCUGACUUUGAGGCUGCCACUUAGAACUGUUUAUCAUCACACUCGUGUUGUAGUUUUCUUACGGUGGAGAAAUAUUUUUCUGAGCUUAGGUCUCUUGUCAAAUAUCAGAAAAUAAAAGACUCAGGGCCAUGUGAUUGAUACAGGAAAAAUUAGAGCUUGCUUCUUUAGAAUAUUCCUGCUUGUUAAAAUGCAAACAAAGCAUGUCUAUACCUAAAGAAAAAAAACUUUUCUUAUCCUGGUUUACUUCCUACCGAUUGUCAGAUUGGUACCCAUUACUCAGUUUCCCAUCUUUGAUUUAGAAUAACCCCAAUUACUUGCCUCUUAAAGAAUAUGCACUUUAUAAGUAGCUGAGCCGGAAUCAGUUCCAAAUCUCAUAUUCUUUUCUGCUGUGUCAUUCUGUAUCUGAGUUCUUGUAGUACUGUAUUUCUGCCAUAACACUUACCAGAACUAUUCAGAACUUUCACGUGCUUUGCAACAUGGUAACAAUUUAGUAAGUAUGUUAAGCUGUUCUCUCUGCAAGUAAAGGCGAUAAAUGGUUUGUCAUGUUUGGGGUGUCUUAUAUGUAUAUGUAUCUUUCUCCCCCCCCAUCUUCUUGACGUAUGGACAUUUCCCAAAGGGCUGUUUCUCAUUAUAUCUUGCAAUCCCUAAUGGUGAAUAAGUAAAAUCAUUUGUUGAUUUUCUCAGUUUUAAUUCAGAUUUAAAUUUUUAGUAACGCAAGUUGGUGUAACCCUUUUUGAGUGGAAGUAUCCAAGAAUGGCCCAGUUUCUCCUGUUUGGCAUUUCAAGUAGUUGAAGCUGUAGGAGGGUAAAUCUUUUUGACAUGGCAUCAUUCUUCUGGGUGUUUUUUGGGAUAGUGUUGGAAAGGGUUUUGCUGAUUUUAGGAUAGAGAGACUGGAUAUUGUCUGAUCUUGGAGAGAGUGUUGUUGCCACAAUAUUGCAUUAAUCCUUGAUCUCAGGUAUAUUCUGUUCUGGAAAGUGUAAACUUUUCUAGUGUUUGAACUCACGAUGAAGAUGUAUUUUUAGCAAGUGUUUCAAAAAAAAAGAUUCAUGUGGGCUUAAAAAAAUAUGUCCUGUGUUUGUGGCCCUUUCCUUAUGUUACAUUAUGUCAUUUUCACUUCAGUUACAGUCUCGAGUAUAGUGUAUGUCUGUCUCAGUUCCUUAAAAAGUAGAUUUGUUUGUAUGUAGUAUUUCAUUUUAGAAUAACUCCUCUUUAUCGGGAACAUUUGAUUAGAUAGAACACCUGACCAUGCUAGGUUAUAGUUAGUGACAGUUUUUUAAAUCACAGAAAUCAGAAAAACUUGCUUUGUAACAAGAAGCAGUAGUGCAAGGAUGUGUUUAACCUUGGGGAAAAUUACUUAAUUCUUCUGACCUUGAUUUUCACAUGUAUAAAACAGGGAGUUAGAUCAGUGAUUAUCACUUUGCUGUAUACAAGACUUGCCUGUGAAAAAUGUGAAGUACACGCAUUUAACUCCAUCUCCAAGGAUUCUGAUUUGGUAGAUUCAGAGCAGUGUUUUCCCAACCUCAGGACUUUGGCAUUUGGGGUUUGCUAAUUUGUUAUGGGGGCCGUCCUGUGUAUUGUAGGAUGUUUAUCAGUAUCUGUGGCCUUUACCCACUAGAUACUGGUAACAACCCCCCCUGUUUCCCACUCCCUCCACCCAGAAGCAACCAGAAAUGUCUCCAGACAUUGCCAAAUGGUGAGAACAGUUUUUCCAAAGUCAGAUCCAGAAAUUUGCAUUUUUUUUUUUUUUUUUUUUACUAACUCCAUUGGUAGUUUGAUGUAAAAGGUCUUAAGCUAUGCUUUGAGAAAGGCUAAUUUGCCUGAAUUUAAGGCGUUUUACAGCCACAAUUCAUUUUUUUAAAGAGUAACCAAUCAGGGAAUUUUUUUCUAAUUUUUCCAUGUAUGCAAUGCAGUCCAUAUAUAACCAAGAUUUUAGAACAUUUCUCUUUGAAAAAAUAAUUGUUAGGUGCCUAGAUGGCUCAGUUGGUUAAGAGUCUGACUUUUGAUUUCAGCUCAAGUCAAGCUCUCAGAGUUUGUGAGUUUAAGCCCCACAUCGAGCUCUGCACUGACAGCGCAGAGCCUGCUUGGGAUUCUCUCUCUCUCUCUCUCUCUCUCUCUCUCUCUGCCCCUCCCCUGCUUUCUGUCUUUCAAAAUAAAUAAAUAUUUUAAAAAUUGUCAAAAGUGCACUUUGAUUGCGUCAAGAUAUAAUUGUCAAAAUGCAUAGCCAAAACUGUGAUGUCACUAGUUCAAAUCUAAAAAUUCUUUAUAAAGAAAUUCCCUUCGUAAUGUUUUUAGUGGAUAUGAUUCCAUACAGGUUUUUUGUUUCAUUAGGAUCAGGCAGCUAGAGACAUGAAGAGGCUUGAAGAAAAGGACAAGGAAAGAAAAAACGUAAAGAAGCUUAUUUUCGGUACAUGGCAGAGAACCCAACUGCUGGUGUGGUUCAGGAGGAAGAAGAAGAUAAUUUGGAAUAUGAUAGUGAUGGAAAUCCAAUUGCACCUUCCAAGAAAAUCAUUGAUCCUCUUCCUCCCAUUGAUCAUUCAGAGAUUGACUAUCCACCAUUUGAAAAAAAUUUUUACAAUGAACAUGAAGAGAUAACCAACCUCACCCCUCAGCAGCUAAUAGAUCUCCGUCAUAAGCUCAAUCUUCGGGUCUCUGGUGCUGCACCUCCUAGACCAGGAAGUAGUUUUGCUCAUUUUGGGUUUGAUGAACAACUUAUGCACCAGAUUCGGAAAUCUGAGUACACACAGCCCACUCCAAUACAGUGCCAGGGCGUGCCUGUGGCGUUAAGUGGUAGAGACAUGAUUGGUAUUGCCAAAACAGGCAGUGGAAAAACGGCCGCCUUUAUCUGGCCGAUGUUGAUUCAUAUAAUGGACCAGAAGGAACUGGAACCAGGUGAUGGACCGAUUGCAGUGAUCGUGUGUCCUACUAGGGAGCUUUGCCAGCAGAUCCAUGCAGAAUGUAAGCGGUUUGGGAAAGCGUAUAAUCUUCGAUCAGUGGCCGUGUAUGGAGGAGGGAGCAUGUGGGAGCAAGCCAAGGCUCUUCAGGAAGGGGCAGAGAUUGUUGUGUGUACCCCAGGUCGGCUGAUUGAUCACGUGAAGAAGAAAGCUACCAAUCUUCAAAGGGUCUCUUACCUUGUGUUUGAUGAAGCAGAUCGCAUGUUUGACAUGGGAUUUGAGUACCAGGUGCGAUCCAUAGCAAGUCAUGUCCGUCCUGACAGACAGACCCUCUUAUUCAGUGCAACUUUUCGGAAAAAGAUUGAAAAACUGGCCAGAGACAUCCUGAUCGACCCUAUUCGUGUGGUGCAGGGAGACAUUGGCGAGGCAAAUGAAGAUGUGACACAGAUAGUGGAGAUUCUUCACUCUGGGCCUAGUAAAUGGAACUGGCUUACCCGGCGUCUGGUGGAAUUUACCUCUUCAGGAAGUGUCCUCCUGUUUGUUACUAAAAAAGCCAAUGCUGAAGAGCUAGCCAAUAACCUUAAGCAGGAGGGUCAUAAUCUUGGGCUGCUUCAUGGGGACAUGGAUCAGAGUGAAAGAAACAAAGUCAUUUCAGACUUUAAGAAAAAGGACAUCCCAGUCCUGGUGGCCACAGAUGUUGCAGCCCGUGGUCUGGAUAUUCCUUCAAUUAAGACCGUCAUUAACUAUGAUGUGGCACGAGACAUUGAUACUCAUACUCACAGGAUUGGCCGCACAGGACGAGCGGGUGAGAAGGGCGUGGCGUAUACCUUGCUGACCCCCAAGGACAGCAAUUUUGCUGGUGACCUUGUCCGGAACUUGGAAGGAGCCAAUCAACAUGUUUCCAAGGAACUCCUAGAUCUAGCAAUGCAGAAUGCCUGGUUUCGGAAAUCCCGCUUUAAAGGAGGCAAAGGCAAAAAGCUGAACAUUGGUGGAGGUGGCCUAGGCUACAGGGAGCGGCCUGGCCUAGGCUCAGAGAACACGGACCGAGGAAAUAACAACAAUGUAAUGAGCAAUUAUGAGGCCUACAAGCCCUCCACAGGAGCCAUGGGAGAUCGGCUGACGGCCAUGAAAGCAGCUUUCCAGUCACAGUACAAGAGUCACUUUGUUGCUGCCAGCUUAAGCAACCAGAAGGCAGGAAGCUCUGCUGCUGGGGCAAGUGGAUGGACUAGUGCAGGGAGCUUGAAUUCUGUUCCAACUAAUUCAGCCCAACAGGGCCAUAACAGUCCAGACAGCCCCAUUGCCAGCGCCGCCAAGGGCAUCCCAGGCUUUGGCAACACCGGGAACCUCAGCAGUGCUCCAGUGACCUACCCUUCCACUGGAGCCCAGGGAGUCAACAACACAGCUUCAGGGAAUAACAGCCGAGAAGGGCCUGGGGGAGGCAACGGGAAGAGAGAGAGAUAUACUGAAAACCGGGGUGGCAGCCGCCACAGUCACGGAGAGAGUGGCAAUCGGCAUGGCGACAGCCCACGUCACGGAGAUGGUGGUCGCCAUGGAGAUGGAUACCGCUACCCAGAAAGCGGCAGCCGUCAUGCUGAUGGUCACCGUCACGGGGAGAACAGACAUGGAGGAGGUGGAGGCCGACAUGGAGAGAGCCGAGGCGCAAACGAUGGUCGGAACGGUGAAAGCAGGAAAGAAGGUUGCAAUCGUGAGAGCAAGGUGGACCCCAAGGUGGACAGCAAGAUGGACAAGAUGGACAGCAAGACAGAUAAGACAGCUGACGGUUUUGCUGUCCCCGAGCCACCCAAGCGCAAGAAAAGUCGAUGGGACAGUUAGAGGGUAUGUGCUGAAGUGUGGAAUCAAUUGUCUUUAAUUUUAUUUUUAGAAAGAUUUUUGGUAACUAGGUGUCUCAGGGCUGGGUUGGGGCCCACGGUAUAAGGACCCCCUGCCCUUAGUGGAUAGCUGGAGCUUGGAGACAUUACCCUUUCAUCUGGAUCAGUUUUCAGAUGUCUUCUUAGCAAGCUGCUUUGGUCCUUGGAAGCAGCGAGCGCUGGGAACUUCCUUUUGGGCUCUGGGUGAGUUGUCAAGGUCAGUUGGGAAUACCUUGGAAGAAAGGGCCUUCUAGGGCACAAAACUCACUCUAGGUUUAUAUUAUAUGUAGCGUAUAUUUUUUACUAAACUGUCACCUUAUAAACAUCUACAAAUAAAAUUCCUUUUCUUAGCUGUGUGGCCAGGCAGUCCCUUUUAGGAGUUGGCUUUCUGCAAACCCAACCCACUGAAGUGUUUGUUAGAGAUUUGGGGAAGCAUUUUGGUGCUUCUAGACUUUGCAGGGAAGGGAGAUGUCUGAUUCUAAGCGGGAGUCCAUGGUCAGGUUCCCCAGCCAGGUUUGUAUCCAGUCCCGAGACAGGAAGCAGCAGCCGCCUGCCAGACCCAGAACCUCUGCCCUUCAAGAGGAAAAGAUGAUCCUGGAAACAAGACUGCUCCAGGUCUGAAGUGUUGCUAAAUUUAAACAAAAACUCUGACAGCUUUUAAAGUGUCUUCUAUUUCAUUGUAUUUUUUUUUUAACUUGCCACAAUGGUAGAAAAAUCUUUUGCUGAAAUGAUUUUGAUGAUUUUUGUUCUAUCUUGUUUAUAAAAGGAAAAGAAAUAUACAUCCUUCGAAUUUUGUGACUUUGUGAAGGUUUCUUUAAGAUGUGCAUUCCUUUCUGCUUGCUCUAGUAAAUGUUUUACUACUGGGA